AAAGACGCCCGGCUAGAGGGAAAAGAAUGAGUUUGCGCAUGCGCCGACCUAGUACGACUUCCUCGGCUGAUUGAAAGUGGAGGGGCGCCGCUCGCUUUUAAAGGGACAGUAGCCUCGAUAUUCGAGAAGGGUUUUGAAAGGAGGGGGAGUCGGUGGAAGCUGGAGGCAACAGCAGGACUGAGGGCUGAACAUGGUCAUCUGCUCCCUGCUGGGCUCCCUACGUGUUUGUCUGGAGCGACACCCACCUCUGGUCACCUUCUUCUUCUGCCUUCUUUCACUGGCUGUUGCCUUUAUUGGUUUUGCUGUCUACAUCCAGUCACACGAGGUUCAGAAUCCUGAUGUCAAAGAGGACUGGAACUCUCUGCUACAGUCUUUGGCUCAGUUAAUGUUCUGUGUCCCAAAUAAGACUCAGGAAAAUGCCUCACCACCACCUCCUUCUGCAACCAUUGCUGAGUCUCACACUACCGUCUCCGUCAUGGUUGGCUUCUCCUUUGACCUCCACAAUGGCACAGACCCUCCUAAUGGUACCCACCUAAGCCUGACGGUUAGUGGAACAGAAUUAGGUCUGAAAGGUCCUGAUGUUCAGGAGGCAAUUCAUGUCUUGGCUGUCAUCAUGAACUCCAUAUCCCGGGAGAGCUGCCUUAGCAUCACUGCACCUUUGUCCCUUCUCCCCAAAACAAGACAGCCACACACAUGUGUGAUAGAGGAGAGGGACAUGCAUCUACAAGAGCCAGGGAUUUGCUACCAAUCACAUUACCAAACUAAUCCUGCCCUGUCCAGUAUGCUGGACCAGGCUGAUCGUGCCCUCUGCAGCCAGCGUCUUCUGUUGACCGGGGCUUUUCUACUCUGCCUCUGUGCCAUGCUGUGUUGUGCAGCUGGUCUGUGUUAUCCACUACCAAGAGAGAAGCGAGGACAAAUCUAAGUGGAUCCAGCCAAUUCCACACCCUGCAUUCCAUAUUCUAGAUAACCCAGAUACACCAGCAAUUUGACCUCAUUUUCCUAAGAAACUGAAUCACGGAACACUCUCCAUACUGUGAAUCUAAAGCUAGCUUGCAUAGAGAUGGUGUGAUUGCAAUGCAACUAUAACAGGAUCAUGGUUCACUGUGAGGACUGGAUGAAAGGGAAUUAUGUAAUAAAUUAGAUACAAAAAUAAA